AGACAUCCGCCCAGGCCCGCUUCCGGGAGGAAGUGACGCACCCAGCCAGCUUCCGGUCCGGGAGGCUCGGCCCCACCUCCGCGCCGAGCAACUUAAAGGGACCACGACCCCCAGGAGGAUUGAAGGAGACCGGGAGGCUGCCGGCGUGGACCGUGGGAAGGCGGGGCUGGGGCUCGGCGGGAGGCCACCCCCGCAGCCGCCCCGGGAUGAGCGCGCCCAGCAGCUGCUGGACGCGGUGGAGCAGCGGCAGCGGCAGCUCCUGGACACCAUCGCCGCCUGCGAGGAGAUGCUGCGGCAGCUGGGCCGCCGGCGCCCGGAGCCGGCGGGUGGCGGGAGUGUCUCAUCCAAACCCGGGGCGCCCCCCCAGCCAGCGGUCUGCGCCAGAGGCGGUUUCCCAAAGGAUGCUGGCGAUGGAGCUGCGGAACCCUGACCGCUCCCGAGCCCGUGGCCCUGAGCUCUCCCCCUCCGGGGGGCUGGUGGCUGGACUCUGAACAACUGCCUUCAGUCAAGGACCAGUCUUCACUGGCAGCGGCUGGAACUUGGCCCUCAGCCUGGGGUGGCAGCUCUGCUAGCGGCCG